AUGGACUCUCUCCUGCAUUCCCUCCGCCGCGCUCGCGCUUUCCGCACCACGCUUCACGCCCAGCCAGGCGGCGCCGUCACGCUGCGUGCUGAGCUGCAACUGGCCGCCGCCGCCGCAGGAGCACGCGAGGAGGAGGACCCAGACUUUCACGUUGGCCUCUUCGCGCCGAGGGAGGAUGCAGACUUCUCCGUCGGCCUCUACGCGCCGAUGGAGGAAGCGAAUGGCGUUGAUCAGACGCAGGACGCCGCAGCACCUCAUGCGCCGGACGUUGCUUAUGCCCUGGCCGUCGACCGCAACAACGCCGUGGGCGCCGAGCGCAGCGUUGCCGAUGUCUUUCACCCAGUGUCUACUGCGCCCGACGCCCAGCGUCCCGUCCUUGCGCCUUUGCAGCAGCAACCGCAGCAGUACGAUCCGUCCUUCUCGCCCUACGGCGGCUCCCACUACCACCACGCCAAGCAAGCGCUCACGUGGCGCGAAGACGAGGAGCGGCGCCACAAGCGCGAGCGCCUGCAGCUCGAGCAGCAGCGUCUCCAGCUUCAGAUGCAGGAGCAGCAGCGCGAGCGCAUGCAGCUCGAGCAGCAGCGUCUCCAGCUUAAGAUGCAGGAGCUACAGCAGCAGCAGCAGCACGCCGAGGAGACCUUCCAGCGCGAGCGUCGCGAAGCGCUGCAGAUGCACGCAUGGUCAUCGCCGUGGCAGCCGCCGCCGCCGCAGCAGCCCACCGGCCAGCAUCACCAGUCGCCGUCGGCUGGCCGCGCGUUUCCCCGUCAGCACACGCAGACGCAGGCGCAGGCGCAGGCGCAGCCGCAGCCGCCGUGGCUGCGUCGUCCGUACAGCGGCCCAUCGCCCAGCAGUGCGGGCACGUCGUCGACCAUCCAUCCGCGCUUCGAGAGUGUGGCUCCGUCGCCAACAAACGAUGCCUUUGGCUCGGCAUCGCCGCCCCUCUUUCCCGGCGUGCCGGCCCCGCGGCCGGUGUCGCCUUCGCUGAAGCGGCCGCUGCUCGAGGUCCUCAACUCGGCCGCACCGGCCGCGCGCGCGGCUGGCUCGUCGUCGGCAACUGCCGCACGUACUCGCGCAUCGAUGCCACCGCCGGGCGUGGGCACCUCAACGUCUUUCUCUUCGGCUCCAGCAUCGGGCUCUCUGGCUCCUGCCUGGACCGCCGGCGUCUCCAUCAACGACGAGCGCCCGCCCAAGCGCGCG